AUGAAAUAUUUUAUAAUUUUUAAUUUUUUUUAUUUUUUUUUGAUCAUAAAUAUAACAAAUUCUCUUAUAAUCGAAAAAUCAAAUGCCUUUUAUAAUGAAAACUCUGAUAAAUGGAGUUUGGACAUUAUAACAUCAACUAAUGAUAACAAAUUAAAAGCUAUAGUUGAUAUAUCAAACAACGAUGAUUUAGGUUUAGGUUUAGGUUUAGGUUUAGAAAUAGAAAAGAGUUUUAUAAUCAAAUUAAAUUUAAAUUAUUUUGGUAGCUUUGAAAAUGUGUAUGAUGAUAUUAGAAAUGAAUUUAAAGAUCCAACCAAAUGUGUGCAACUGAAUGGUAUCCAUUGUUGCGAUAAAACAAAAGGAACUCAAAUAUCUCAUAACUAUGCUUCCAACUACAGCACCCCCUAUUUAUUUUAUGAAAUUAAAUCAUUUAGUAUAGAGUAUAAUAUGACAUUUACAACACCAAAUGGAGUUGUAGGUAGCUGGAAUAGCGAUAAUAGCAGUGACAUAUCAUUGGGAAUCAAAGAUCAAUCCAAUCUAAAUUAUAUAGAUGAAUUAAUAGACACUUAUUAUUUAACUAUAGACCAACAAUCAAACACUAUUUAUUUUAUUGCAAAAAAGUAUGUUGGGGAUGAUAUCAACAAAAUUGGAAUCACUAAAGAAACAUUUGAGAACUAUAAUUCAUUUUGCAAUUUAACAAAAUCAAUUACAACAGUAGGGGACUCUAGUAAUAGGUUCGACCAAUUUGAUAUAUUUCGAAAUAAUUUAUUAGAUAAUUUUAUUGUUGGAUGCAAAUUAAAUAGUUUUCAACAAAUAUCAAAUUUACAGAAUGAAGAUUUAAUAUUAUUAUGUGACACUUUAAAGGUUUCAAAUAAAAUAGUAUCGUCUGUGUCAAUAGACUUUAAUUCAAACAAAUUCAAACUUUUUAAUAUUAGUGGAAACUCAAGAGUUAUUUCCAGUGGCAUUGUUCCCAUAUCACUGCAGAUUAAUAAAUAUUUUUCAAAUCUAUAUAUUGAUUUUUUAAAUGAUAAUAUAAAUAAUGAGGUACUCAUAAAAGCAAGGGCUAUAUAUUGCAGUAAUGGUGAUGAAAACGAAACUAAUGCUUCAUCUCUGAAUGGGCCACUAAUUGACCAAGAAAAAACAAUUUCAAUAAAUAGUUUUAAUAAAAAGAGAAUAGAAUUUCCGAUAAAGAGUAGAGACAAGGAAAUUUCGUCCAGUGGCUAUUGCAUCUUUGAUAUUUUUGAAAACGAACAGUUCAAAGAAGAGUACAGGGUAAAUUUUAGAACAACAGAAGAUGACUAUGUACCAGACCCCAAGUUUCAAAUCGACUACAAUAUGAAUAUGCUUUUAUCAGCAACCAAAGAUUCGACUUGUACUCCUCCAAAAAUUGGAGGUAAUAAAAAUGGUGUAAAUUAUUGUAUAGAUGAAUGUACCAUUGACCAGCAGAUAAAUAUGUUCACACUAGCAUGCAUUCCAAUAGAUUGCAACAUCAAAUAUUCAACCGAAUCACCACCAAAACCAUACUAUAAUUCAAAUACAGGUUUAUGUGAAUCCACCCCAGUGUGCCCAGAUGGGUAUAGCUAUCAAGACAAUACCUGCAAAAGCCCAACGAUAACCCCAGAUUCAUCAUCGAUAUCAUUCUCAUGCGAGAAUGGUAACCUAUGUGGCAGUGAUUCGUUGUCAUCAGGUGAUCCAAUAACAACUCCAAACAUAACAGGCAAUAGUAAUGCAACCAACUCAUCAAUUUCUCUAUCAUCAAAAACCAUUGGCAUAAUUUUUAUUCUUUGCUGUGUAGUAUUAAUUGUUGUUGUUGGAUUUUUAAUAAAGAAAUGCUGCUUCUCAAGAUCUGCAAAUAAAAAAAUCAAAAGAGAUAAACUUCAUAACCACCUCAAUAAACCACCAACAAAGCCAAAAGAGAACACUAACGAAUCGUAUGGACACUACCAAAACAACCCAAAUUUUAUAAUAAACAAUAGAGCAAACAACCGUUUUAAUCAAGACUACCCAAGACCAAGCGGUACUAACAUAAGAUCAAAUAAUCAUUUCAGUUACAAUAAUAACCAGAGAUCAAACGCUAGCUAUAACCGCAAUCAUAGACCAUUCAAUAAUAAUAGCAAUGCAUACAGGCCAAACUGUGAUGGAACUUUCCAAAAUCAAAGAUCGGUAAUGAAUCGUAGAGAUAUUACAUAUACAAAUAAUAAUCAAAAUUUUAACAAAUAA